AUGGAGUCAGAACGCUGCGACAUGUUUAAUUUAAUAAUGAUACACACUAAUGCAGAUGAGAAUUUUGACUUUGAUGGAGACAAUGAAGCGGAACCAUGGCAAAAAGGAAUUGAUGAUGAAGACAGUUUGCCUUCAAAUCAUGACUCUCCUGAUCAAUCAGUUAUAAGUCGAUCUGACAGUGAAAGCAGGCCUGAAAAUGGAGAAUAUGAUGAAAAUUACAAUAGGCAUGAAAAUUAUGAGGACAAUAAAAAAGAAAAAGUUGAUGAUGUUACUUUCAAAGACCACGAUAGUGAUGCUGAAAAUAACAGCAGUAGUGACGAUGAAAUGUCAAACAGAAGAAAAGAAAAUUUUAUGUCUGAAAGUGAUGAUGAAAUUGCAACAACUAAAGACAAAGCUAAUUCUUCGGACUUGUUUGGAGAUGCUGAUGAUAUUAGCUCCAAUGAUGAUGAGGAAGAAGAAAAUAAUGCAAACACUUCUAAAUCGCCAAUGGAUUCACAUGAGGGCAUUGAACAGGAUGCCAACAUCGAUGAUCACAUUCAGCCCAGAACUUCUCUGGAUGGUGAUGAUAAUACAAGCGGAGAUGUAACUAGAAGAGAUCACAAUGAUGAGGAACAUCAUUCAGGUAGUGAGGAGGAAGAAGCAGAGCCUCCUGAGGUGAGAAUUGAGGCCGAUCUACCAAAAAUAUCUGUAAAUCUUGGUGAUCAGAUGCAUUUUGUCAAGUUACCUAAUUUUUUGAGUGUUGAUCCAAGACCUUUUGAUGAGCAGCUGUAUGAAGAUGAAGUCGAUGAAGAAGAUCUCAUGGAUGAGGAAGAAGGUUUCAAAAAGAUUUGUGAUCUGCAAAAAUCCCAAAAUGAAAUAGUCUGUAACCAAGAUAAGCUUACUGAUGAACAAAGUUCUUUUCGUCGUGAGUUGGCUUCAAUUGACGCAAAGUUAAGCGAAAUGGCCAACACAAUAGAUGAAUUUGAUAUGUCGGUAACCAAUGUAAACAUGCAAAUUAAAGGUAUUGAAGGGGCUUGA